AUGAGGCUGAUUUUUGUCCUGCCCCUGCUGUUGCUGCUGCACUUGUGCCAAGCGUUCAACUGGAAGAAUCUCCAAAAUGUACAUUGGACAGUCAGGGAGUGUACCCUCUCCUUGAUUGCUCUGAUCGAGGAAGCGGAAAGGAUUCGAUUGGGUGAAAGGAACGAUGAGAGGAUGGCCCAAAUUGUGGAAGAAAUGAAGAAGGAGAGACAGAUGUUGCAGGAAUUGUACUUUUCAAUUCGUCACUUGUUUUCUUCACUAGGGUUAACAUUUAGGAAGGAGCUGUAUCUGUUUGGUGUGGCGGAGGGAAGCGUGAGUGAAGAGAAGGCCAAACAAGGGGAAAAAAAAGAAGACAACACAAGAGGAAAGCGCUUCACCGAUGAGAAGCACCUACAAGGUGUAAAAACACAAAGGGACCUGAAGGCCCUCCUUGACGAAAUGAUCAAUUACUACAAAAAAAAUUUCAUUCAGAGUAAACCAUCCAUAAGUUGCUCCUACAUCAAUCAGAAGAACUCCCUGCGGAAGCAAAUUGAAAUUGUUAGAUACACCCACAGCUACGUAGCGACAAAGCUGUAUUAUCGAGAUUAUUCGAAAUAUUUCGAACGUUUUCUGGGAAGCCAAAGGGACAUGGCUAACGUCCUCUUUAAUCCUUCUUUGGACAUCAAGGAGGAUGUCUAUUCGGGUUUUUACGCCAACUACGGUGGGUUAAUAGCGGAUGAGCGGCAAAUCGGGGCAACGCCUCGGACGGAAGAUGGACCAAAGGGAAAGCCGCCAGACAGCUUAAUGAAUGAACCGCAAGAUGGACCAAAGGGUAGACUGCCAAGCUGCAGCGAUGACUACAAAAGCAUUUCUGGAGAAAAAUGCACCCAGGAGUUUUCCCAAAUUGUAAAAAAUAUGUUGCAUAAUUUUGAGGCGUCGCUGGAAGGCUACAUUCACAGCUCCGUGGUGGAAAUGAGAAAACAUAUGAUACAGGUGGAAGAGCAGCAGGAGGGGAAAAACUACUGCAGAGACUUGGAGAAUGAACUCGAGGACAAGAGUUACGAUAGAAUAUCGCUGGAAGAAAUUCAACGAUUUGAACAAUUGGCAAAAAAUUACUUGAACAAGGAACUGGAUACGUUCGUGGAAAGGGAGAAGAAAAAAAUGUAUCGAAGGAGAAACUUCUUCGAGAAGAGGGGCCCGCGGCAAGUGGAGCUCACCGGGGGGGCGGAAAUCAAGCGCAUCUUUCAACUGCUAGAUGAGUACAUAAGCAUGUACUCCUUUGUGUAUGAGCACCUAAAGGACUACCAGAUAAACGUAAGGGACAUUUUCUCACUGGAUUAUAUUCGAGAAAACUCCAAAGACAACAGAGUCUACAUAGCAAAAAGAAUUGCACAGCAAAUGGAUGCACUGAACGGUUCCUUCUUGAAGUACAUAAAUGUGAAAAAUAGAUACGAGAAGUAUGUGGUGAAGGGCAUACAGAAGAGGAACUCGAUGAGCACCACUAAAAGAGGAGAGUCAGUUGAAGGAGGCAGCACGGAGAAGUCAGUCGAAGGAGAGGGUAACAGCGUUCCUGGAGAGGGACACCCCUCUUCACGCAACUUGAGGAAAAAGGACUUCCCAGAAUUGUGGGAAUCCACUUUGCAGAGUAGCAGUCACUCCUUUUUAAGCGAAGAAGACCAAGUGAAGAAAGACAAACUAAACGGGGAGCUAAUCCAGCGAGAGGACGAAUACUUAAAAAGGCUGCAGAACGUUGUGAAGCUUCUAACUCGAUACAAAAAAUUGAAAAACAAGAAAAUAAAAAUAAGGCACAUUGUAAAUAAAGGCGAAGUGGAGAUACACCCCAUUUUAUUUAAUCUCAAGUUGAGGAAAGAUCAAAUGGUAGGAUUUUACAAAAGCAUUCUUCUUUUUGGAAAAAUAUUUGUCGUAAAAAGGAUUGUACUUACUCUGAAAAUGAAGAUAUCCUUUUUGGGUAGAGUCACUCCGUCAGCCUUUCUCCUCAACAAUCGUUUUUUGCUUCACCUGUAUGAGAUCCACCUGGACCAUCUGCGAAGUAGCUACAAGAUUGGGGUGAACAAAGACUUCUGUCACGAUUUGACUCUUGAGAAUUUAGACGGCACGAUGAAGCAGGGGGACCUUUCUCACCUUCUCCUCAAGUACGUGAUCUACAUUUUCGGCCUCAAUUCCAAGUUUAUGAGUGAUCGCCUUGGGGUAGACAUUGGCCCCGGUGUGGGUAGCGAUUACAUUGGGGUGAGUAACGGCGCUAAUAAUGGGGAUAGAGACUUUGGUGAGGAUGACCCCCGUUGGUGCGCAAAUAACCUACGCGUGGUUUACGAGCUGGCAAGAAACUUCAUCAGAACGCCACUCGUCCACGCAGCAGAUUUUUUUAGAUCAAGCAGGGCAUCUCCAAACUGGGAGAGCAACACACACGAUGAGAAAGUAAAAAACGCCUUCAGACAAAUUCACUCCUACUUUUCCAGCAUAUUCAAUAGUGAUGAAAUUUUAGGGCAUAUUUUAAAAAAGUUCGAAAUCUGGGAGGAGCGCAGCUCCUCCGGUUGCUAUGACGGGCACUCCUGUUCCAUAGACAAUCCCAUCUACUCCAAGGAUAUGAUAAAGAAGUCGAUUUUUUACAACCUAAACGACAUAGGUGAUGAAUUCGACAUGAUAAACAAAGCGACUGUAACUUCUGUUAGCUCCUGCACGUCUUCCCUAUAUUCUUACGCCACUUCUUCCCCCUUGAAAUUUCCAUCCUAUCUGCUAAAUAAUGCACUAAUCAAGAACUCACUCUCCGAGACUUACAAAUAUACGCUAUACAAAAUGCAGGAGAGUCAAGUUUUCAAAUUGUACUCUAGAAUCAAGCGCACGAAUAUGACCCUCCUGGAGACUAUUUUUCUUCAUCUCAUUUUGAAUUUUGGGAUGACUCCCUACAAUAAGUUGAAGGGCACCAUGGUGAACUCCUUUUGCAGGAAGCAGGGUAGGGUAGAGGAGGAUGGGACUUCGAGUAAGGCUCAAACGGGACCACUCCAAUACAGGAAAAGAAAAAGGAACCUCGACAUGAUUCCACACAUCCGUUAUGUGCCAAACGGAGAGCAGCUGCAAGCAGGAUUAUCCAUUUCCUGCUCUGAGGUGAAGCAAAACGAUGAAAAGGAUUCAUAUAACAAAACGCAUACUAAAUGGUGGGACAGUAAAAGGGGAAGGAGUUAUUCCUCUUCGAAUAGGAAUGCCCCAAGUCAGCGGAUGAACCAGUUAGUAGACACCUGCGACUUACUAAAUGGAGACAAAAAAAAAAUUACAUCCUUUAAAGUGAAACACAUAGAAUACAUUCCUAACGGAAUAUCAUUCUUGACAACAGUGAUAGAAAAGCAAAACGUCAUGUCAGACUACGAACUGUAUGGCCUUUUUUUUCAAGGCGUGAGAGGGGAGGAGAAGAAGUACUUCUCUGAGGAGAAUAAGAAGUACUUCCCUGAGGAGAAUAAGAAGAAGCACUUCCCUGAGGAGAAUAAGAAGAAGUGCUUCCCUGAGGAGAAUAAGAAGAAGUACUUCCCUGAGGAUAAUUCAAAUGGGGUGAACUCGAAGGAGGACAUGUACUGCAGCGAAGAAAAAGUUGCAUAUUUCACCAUUGGGCAAUCUGCCGUUUAUCUUAGCGAACCGGUGGAUGUAGAAGAACCACUUAUCUUACCCAUGUUCCGCAAAAGUUUAGCUAGCCAAAAAGAAAUCCUCUUCGAAAGAGAAUCCAUGGAGCAGUACAAUAUGGUUCUAAGUUGGCUGUACAGGUCCCAGGAGAAAAAAAAUUGGAACCGCGAAAAGGUGAGAAAAAUAGAAAGGAAUAUUUCUAGUCUCAGCUGGAAAGCCAAAUUAUACGAAGAAAAUAUUUCCUACGUGAAGAACAAAAUGGAACAGAUGAAGCGUCCACCUAGGGGGGAGAGCGAUCGAUCAAGUGAUCUACAAAAGGAGUAUCAAAGGGAAGUUGCAAAUGCCGCACAGGAGAAGUACAACUCGUUGAUAGACAUUUAUAAAGACGUCGUGGAGAUGUUCCGAGAUAGAAAAAGCAAUCUGACCAAAUUGAAGAAGGAAAAAGAAAGGGAAGGCGAAAAAGAACAAGAAGAAGUAGAAGAAGAAGAACCCGGUGUAAACUACUACGGGUUAAGCAAGUAUUCCUUUCAGAGAAAACAUCAAGUGGAGGACCUGAACAUGCAUAUCUUCUACCACGAGCAAAUUAUGAAGUACUUCGAGAAGCAAAACAGAUGCUGUGAUGCGUACAUAAAGGAAAUGAAAAUCCAUCUUAAGUUUUUUCCUCAAGUUUGUUGCUCCAAUGGAGAGGAAAGAAACAACGAGAAGAAGAUACUCAAGUAUAUAUACAUCAGCAUCACCGACCUUUUGACCGACUUUAUACGAUGCGAAAAUAACACCUAUAGCUUGCUCAAGAAUCUGAAAAAAGUAAAAGACACCAUACACACAAUCAACAUUGUUAAUGCAAACCUACACAAAAAACAAAGAACGUUCCACCUCAGUACCAAAUAUUUUUACAGGGAAAAAAAAGAGGAAAACAUUUAUUUCUUCACAAAUAAAAUGGAAAAUAUAAAGACUUACAAAAUUUACAAACAACUUAUAGACAGUGUAAAUGAAGAUCUGAUGUUCAUCACUAACAUCAUGGUGAAAAAAAUGGAAGAGCGGAAAGAGCUUCUACAACAGGUGGAACGGAAGGUGCCUAUCCUACUGCACAUAAAACGGAUUCUCAACGAAGACAACGAGGUGGCGUCCAUUAAUGUUGAAACGUUAUAUGCAAACUUCUCUCAUGAAAAUAUGCUAAACUACGAUAAGGUGAAAAUUUUGGGGAAAAACUUUAAAAAGAAAAUCGCCAUUUAUAAACAUGUCUUGAAUGACAUCAGGUACUCCUUUGAGCAGGAACCUCAGGUCAGCAACGAUAAGAUGGCACUCUUUUACAACUUUGUGAAGUACGACCCUGAGGAGGAUACUGACGCGGUGCAGUUUGCGGAUGCGCUGUUGGCAUAUAACGAAGGGGGGAUUGAGGUGCCCCAGCGAGGGGAGGAUGCGAAGAACACGGAGGGGAAGCCCCUGACGAUGUACCAGGAAAUCUGGAGGAAGCUGAACGCGUCCAAGGGGGGCGAUGGGAAGAGCGCCAAGGAAAGACAUGACGACAGAGGUGAUGAUAGCGAUAGGGAUCUUUACGACGACUGGGAUGAGGAGGACUGGAUCGAAAGUAGGCUGAGGGCCGCAGCGGAGAGUGUGGAAAAGGACUGUAGAAAUAGGAAGUGCCCAUCCAACUCCUUCUGCUUCAUUCAAACGUUUAAUGAAAAUUGCUUGUGCUUCCUUAACUACAACAUGGUGGGGGAGAAGUGCAUUUUUAACGAACAUAAUACUUGCGAUGUGAAAAACGGGGGGUGCGAUUCGAAGGCAACGUGCGUGAUGAAAAAAAAUAGGGUAAUUUGCGUUUGCCCCAAGGGCACUAAGCCCAUAUAUGAGGGGGUCGUGUGCAACUUUUCUUUCGCCUCUUCAUUUUCGCAGGUGCUCCUUUUGUUCGCCAUUUUGGCGUUUGUCAUUGCGUAG